CCCCCGCCGUGUGUCGCGCUUCGGCGCCGCUGCCACCCCCGCACCCAGUUCUCAGCAUUCUCCACUCCGGCUCCCGUCCCGCUCCGGGCUGCCCUUGUGCGCCCGCCGUCUCCCUCAGUCUCCGUUGUCUGGCCGCCGGGCCGCGGCGGGCGGGAGCAGCCAGAGGAGGAGCCGCAGCCGGGAAGGAGGCGGCGGCCCGAGCCCAUGGCGUACAGUCAAGGAGGCGGCAAGAAGAAAGUGUGCUACUACUAUGACGGUGAUAUUGGAAAUUAUUAUUAUGGCCAGGGUCAUCCCAUGAAACCUCAUAGAAUCCGGAUGACUCAUAACUUGCUGCUAAAUUAUGGUUUAUACCGAAAGAUGGAAAUAUAUAGGCCCCAUAAAGCCACUGCUGAAGAAAUGACAAAAUACCACAGUGAUGAGUAUAUCAAAUUUCUACGAUCAAUAAGACCAGACAACAUGUCUGAGUAUAGUAAGCAGAUGCAGAGAUUUAACGUUGGAGAAGACUGUCCAGUAUUUGAUGGACUCUUUGAAUUUUGCCAGCUUUCCACCGGUGGUUCGGUUGCUGGGGCUGUGAAGUUAAACCGACAACAAACUGAUAUGGCUGUCAACUGGGCUGGAGGAUUACAUCAUGCUAAAAAGUCAGAAGCAUCGGGAUUCUGCUAUGUUAAUGAUAUUGUGCUUGCCAUACUUGAAUUACUAAAGUAUCAUCAGAGAGUCUUGUAUAUUGACAUAGACAUCCAUCAUGGUGACGGUGUUGAGGAAGCUUUUUAUACAACAGAUCGCGUGAUGACGGUUUCAUUCCAUAAGUAUGGGGAAUACUUUCCCGGAACAGGAGACCUGAGGGAUAUUGGUGCUGGAAAAGGAAAAUACUAUGCUGUCAAUUUUCCCAUGAGAGAUGGUAUAGAUGACGAGUCAUAUGGACAGAUUUUUAAGCCUAUAAUCUCUAAAGUGAUGGAGAUGUACCAGCCCAGUGCUGUGGUGCUGCAGUGUGGUGCAGACUCGCUGUCUGGUGAUAGGCUUGGCUGCUUCAAUCUCACUGUCAAAGAGCCCCCGUGCAAGCGGAAUUCCUCAGCCAAAACCACAAAUAUGAUAAAGCCUCUUCUAAGAACAUUUGAAGUGCAAUCAGCUUGUUGUUACCAGAUAAGAACUCUGGCCUUUUCUGUGCUGGGAACCUUAAGUAGUCACAUCGGCCUGUUACGUCUUAAAUGUUGCCUGUGGCCCUGGAACAAUGAGCCUGAGGCCCGGGGGGCUGAAGCAGUGGGCAGCCUGCCAAGUUCAACACCCGGCCAGUCUGCAGAGCAGGGCCCGCUGGGGGCUGCUUCCGGCUCUGCAUGA